AUGAAGGUCUAUCAGUGUCCUGCCAACAUUGUCAUGACACCAUUAGGGUGCCCCUUGACUUAUCUCGCGGACGAUGUUGUUAUAUUCGCGGAAAGCAUUAAGAAGCUUCAACAUAUUGUCAACCUUGUAUCGAAGCUGGCUGCAGCCUAUGGUUUACAUCUACGCCCUGAUAAAUGCAAGCAGAUGUGGAUCUCUUCGAGACCUCGAACGGGAAUUAGGAUGGACGGACAACCGAACGAACUCGUCGAUGAGUUCUGCUACGUGGGCUGUAUGCUGAAGAACAAUGGCAAGAAAGAUAUCCAGCAAAUAUGCACUAAGGCUAUUUCUGCAUUUAACUCCUUAACGAAAUGCCUGUGGUCGACUCUCAUCACCAACGAAGUCAAGCUGCCAGUCUACUUAUCUGCGAUUCGCCUAAUCAUGAUGUACAGAUCGGAGACUUGCGCAGACCGUCUACAGUGGUGGAGAUGUUUGAUUGCACAGAAACAAGGUGCUUAG